CGGGGAGGGGAGGGGAGGGGAGGGGCAGGGCUUUGCUCGCCUCGCCUCGCCCUGCCCGGGCAACAGCUCCAUUUUGCUGACGCUGCUGCGUGUCGGUGGGGUGGCCGGAGGGGAAACCUGCGUUUAUUGGCCGCGUUUCAAGAUGUCAUAUCCAGGAUACCCUCCUUCAGGCUACCCUGCUUUUCCUGGUUAUCCUCCUACAGGACAAGAAUCUGCUUAUCCGCCUGCUGGCCAGUAUCCUUACCCUGCUGGGCCUGGGGGCUUCCCACCGAUGGGAGGUGGUGCCUAUCCUGCAGCUCCACCAGCUGGUGGGUUCCCAGGAACGACAGGAUCCCCGCCCGCCUCUGGUGGGUAUCCCCCUGCACCCGGAGGAUACCCUGGAGCUCCUCAACCUGGUGGGAUGCCAGGUUUUCCUGGAGGUGCUGGUUUUGGCGUACCCUCAAAUGGGUCUGGAUUUGGAUAUCCACAGCCUUUAUCCCAAAAUUAUGGUGCAGGUGGACCAGCACAAAUACCAGUUGGUUAUCCUGGUGGACAGGCGCCUUCUCCAGCAGCUUCUCAGCCCGCAGCAGUGAUUCAAGCUACAGAAGGGACAAUUCGACCAGCUGCUAACUUUGAUGCAGGGAGAGAUGCUGAAAUUCUCCGCAAGGCUAUGAAAGGUUUUGGGACGGACGAACAGGCAAUCAUUGAUGUUGUGGCCCACCGGUCUAAUGAUCAGAGGCAACAAAUUAAGGCUGCCUUCAAGACCAUGUAUGGCAAGGACUUAAUUAAAGACCUGAAGUCAGAGCUAAGUGGAAAUAUGGAAGAGCUUAUCAUUGCAUUAUUCAUGCCACGUACUUAUUAUGAUGCCUGGAGUUUACGGCAUGCAAUGAAGGGUGCUGGCACUCAGGAGAAUGUUCUGAUUGAGAUCCUUUGCACAAGAACAAAUCAAGAAAUUCGUGAUAUAGUCUAUUGUUACAAGACUGAAUUUGGAAGAGACAUUGAACAAGAUAUUCGGUCUGAUACAUCAGGUCACUUUGAACGAUUACUUGUAUCUAUGUGUCAGGGUAAUCGGGAUGAGAAUCAAACUGUAGAUUACCAAAAAGCUCAACAAGAUGCCCAACGACUUUACCAAGCAGGUGAAGGGAAACUGGGAACAGAUGAAUCUUGCUUUAAUAUGGUUCUGGCCUCUCGAAGCUUUCCCCAGCUGAAAGCUACAGUGGAUGCUUAUUCCCAGGUUGCCAAUCGUGAUUUAUUAAGCAGCAUUAGCCGGGAGUUCUCAGGAAAUGUUGAACGUGGCUUGAAGGCUAUCUUGCAAUGUGCCCUGAACCGCCCAGCCUUUUUUGCAGAGAGGCUUUAUCAUGCUAUGAAAGGAGCUGGCACGGAUGACUCAACCCUUGUUAGGAUUGUAGUCACCCGCAGUGAGAUCGACCUUGUACAGAUCAAAUACGUGUUUGCCCAGAUGUUCCAGAAGACUUUGGCCACAAUGAUAUCCAGUGACACAAGUGGGGACUACAGGCGCUUGCUCUUGGCCAUCGUUGGCCAGUAGGAAGCCCUCUCAAACAAAGAAAAUAGAAUGAGAACUGCUUGGGCAAAGAACCAACUGUCACUACAUGCAGUGUAUGAGUAUAAGUUAGAAACUGCAAAUAAAUUUGCCUUGAUUGAC